AUGGUAGUCCAGAUUAUUUCCGACGGCAGUUCACAUGGUCUAAAGGCUAUUGCAAUCUUUCAUAAAGCUGAGAAAGAUACGGGGAACACCAGUACUACUCUGAAUCAACUCCACAUUGUUGCUGAAUUGCAAGAGCUGCGAUCCCUGAACAUGCGUCCCUCAACCCUUCUCAGCGCCACAGCGCUCCUCCCCCUCGCAAUGAGCGCCUGCGAGCGCGAAUUCCUCGCGGCCUUCACUUCACUCUACCUCUCCGCCCAAACCAUCGGCAACUCCACGCUCCUCACAAACUACAUGCUCCAAAACUUCACCUACACGGAGAACUUCAAGCCCGCAAAUCUCUCCGCCGCAACAUCCAUCAUCAACACACCCCUCAACAGCACCAACUCGCGCGUCUUCCUAGACCCGUACCUCUGCAGCGCGUUCACCGAGAUCAUCGUGGCAGAGUCAAGCCAUCCGUAUGUUCUCGGUUUACGCGUAGAGGGCAACGGGAAGUUUGUGACCAAGAUGGAGACCCUUGUUAGCGAUGAGGGGGAUUGGCUGUUCAAUGCGACCGGCACGGCGUACUGGAAUGGUAUGCAAGAUUGGUCGCCUAUUCCGCUUGCGGAUCAGGAUACCCGCGAGGUUAUCAAGGCGGCUGGUGAUGCGUACUUCGACCGCUUUAGCAAUGUCAACGUUACUAUUCCGUUUGGCACGCCUUGUGCCAGGCUUGAGGGAGGUGCGUAUACUGAUACGAGUAUGACGAAUGGCGAGACUUGCUCUUUGGGUCUGCCGAGUACCGUGUAUGUUCAAGAUCGCCGUUAUGUGGUUGAUGUCGAGAUGGGGAGUGUCAAUAUCUAUGUGGGGUUUCCGGGGUUGGAUAGGGCGAGUGAGACGCCGGCGCCAGAUAGCCAUACCUUCCGCGUCGAGAAAGGGAAGAUUCGGUAUGUGCAUACUAUCUCGACGUGUGAGAACUUUGGGUGUGGACUGAAUGGGACGUAUAUACCGAUCGGUGGUGGGAAGAAGACGGCGAGAGGUAUCGCUGCUCCAAGGCUUCGAAGGACAAGACGCGCGGUUUAG